AUCUCUCUCAUCUCCUCCAUUCCGCGCAGAUUUACACAGAAAUGGACAGGGAGUGGGGUUCGAAGCCGGGAAGCGGAGGCGCCGCCACCGCUCAGAAUGAGGCCAUCGACCGAAGAGAGCGGCUCCGCCGACUCGCUCUCGAAACCAUUGAUUUGGCCAAAGAUCCCUAUUUCAUGCGCAAUCACCUUGGAAGUUACGAGUGUAAGCUCUGCUUGACCUUGCACAACAAUGAGGGGAAUUACUUGGCGCACACACAGGGAAAGCGUCACCAGACCAACUUGGCUAAGCGAGCAGCUCGUGAAGCCAAAGAAGCUCCGGCUCAGCCGCAACCUCAUAAGCGCAAAGUCAAUCUGAAGAAAGUUGUUAAAAUCGGUCGGCCUGGAUAUCGUGUGACCAAGCAAUUUGACCCAGAGACCAAACAGAGGUCACUGCUUUUCCAGAUAGAAUAUCCUGAGAUUGAGGACAAUACAAAGCCAAGACAUCGGUUUAUGUCAUCCUUUGAGCAGAAAGUUCAGCCGUUCGAUAAAAGAUAUCAAUACCUGUUGUUUGCUGCUGAACCAUAUGAAAUUAUAGCUUUCAAGGUUCCGAGUAUAGAGAUUGAUAAGUCAACUCCCAAAUUCUUCUCCCACUGGGAUCCAGACUCAAAGAUGUUCACGUUGCAGUUGUACUUUAAGACGAAACCACCAGAGGCAAAUAAGCCUCAACCUCCUCCUGCAGCUAAUGGGACUUUGCCACCGCCACCUCCUCCACAAGGACCCCCUCCAGCACCACCAAGUGGUAAUCCUCCUAGGCCUCCAAUGCCUGGAUCCUUACCACCUCCUCCUCUAACCAAUGGGCCAAGGCCUAUGCCUCCUGGUGGAAAUCUGCCCGCCCCACCUCCUCCCCCUGUUGGCAGUGGUCAUAUGGCAAAUUUUACCCCCGGUGCACAAAUGGGAAGGCCUCCUAUGCCACCCCCUCAAGGUUACCCUGGGCAGCAAAUGCAGGGUCCUGGAAUGUACCAACCCCCUCCACCUAAAAUGGGUUGAACCCUCAAAUCUGCAACACAUUCUGUGUGAUGGAUGUUAUAUGAUAGAAAUCUUCUGGUAUAAGGUUGCUUCAUUUAUACAACAGAAACCUACUAUGGUGGUCAGCGAUCAUCUUGGAUGCAAAUCAUGCAAUACUAGCGUGGAGUGGGGGCAAUAGAGAUUGAAUUAAAGGAAUCGUUUUCUGUUGUGAGUGUGAUUGCAGUUUGAGUUCUGCUUCUUUGAAGCAUUUUUUGUAAGAAACUUUGCUGUGAGGAUUAGAUGUAGUCCAUGUUGUAUCAGUAGAAGACUUUAUAGCCUCAUUAUAUGCUGAUUUGCCUUGUUGAAAAAUGAAAUUGUGGCCUUCAACUGUUAA